GCGGCCGCUCUCGUCGUUGUGAGCGAGCGAAGUCUGAACCAGCAGACAGGUAGCAGCGCGAGAGGAAGGAAAAGUGACGGGCGGCGCAAGAAGAAGGAAAACAAACUUUUCCAGUCCGAGUGCCAAAAAAGUGCGUGGAGGAAAUCAAAGUGCCGAAGCUGAGGACAUGUGCGGCGCCUGGUACUGAGAGAGAUGGCGCGGUUCCUUUUCGCCCUGAGCCUAGGGUGUCUCCUGGGGUCGGUCUGGGGCGACCAGGGCGUUCCGAGCGAGAAAGGUCACCGCGAGGCGUACUUUGAUGGCUCGGCGCAUGUCAAGGUUCUGCUGGAGCGGCCGCUCAGUCUGCGGGGCUCCCACUUGGGACUCAGCUUCAAAACGUGCAAGGCGGGGCCCCUGUUCCGGCAGGAGGCCCGGCCGGGGGUCCCCGGCCUCUCGCUUGAGCUGCGGCCAGACGGCCUGCUGCUGUCCCAACUGGCCGCUGGCGGCUCUCGGGUGGACACGCUGCUCCCGUCCAGUCGGCUGCUGGACAACCGCUGGCACACGGUCGAGGUCGCCGACCGCCUCGGAAACGUCACCCUCUCCUCACCAGGCAUCGGCGAGGUGAGCGUGCUGGGCGAGCCGGAGGCGGCUGGGUCGGAGGCGACAACCCUGAUCGUGGGCGGCGACGGCUUCGAGGGGUGCAUCCUGGAAGGGCCGGGCGUGCAGUUGGCGGGCAGGGCGCGCUCCUCGGGCGCCGUCUGGGGCCCCUGCCAGACGCAAUGUGGCAGGUGCGGCGGCUGCGGACCCCACGGCCAGUGCAGCCCCAACGGACUCUGCCAGUGUCCACCGAGGUUUUCAGGCGCCCACUGUGAAAUUGACCUAGGUUCGCAGUGUUUCGGAAAGGGUGGCAACCCUUGCGGCGAGGGAGCGGCGUGCAUAGACCGUCCGAACGGCACCUUCACGUGCCACUGUUCGGAGGGUCGGCUGGGCCGGCUGUGCGAAUUGCGUUCGUGCGACACGUUGUUGUGUCUGAACGGCGGUUCGUGCGGCGCCGACUUGGCCGGAGGCGUCCAGUGCGUUUGUCCCGAGGGCUACAGCGGCGCUGAGUGCGAGGUGCGCGUCUCGCCGUGUCCACCAGACACGUGCCUCAACGGCGGCACCUGCGAGGAGCACCCGACCGCCGGCUUCAAGUGCCGCUGCGACCACACAGGAUAUGAGGGUGAACGGUGUGAGCAGAACGUGGAUGAAUGCGACCACAUAAAGCCAUGCCUCAAUGGCGGCACUUGUUUCGACACGUACGGCGGCUACGUGUGUCACUGCAGACCUGGCUUUGGCGGACAAAACUGUGAACAGAAUGUAAAUGAGUGCAGUUCCAACCCAUGUGGCGAAGAGGCCGAGUGCGUCGACAAGUUGGGCGGCUUUGAGUGCAUCUGCGCCCCUGGUGUUGCAGGGUGCGCGCCGCCCUGUUCAUCGUCGCCUUGCAGAAACGGCGGCACGUGUCGCGAGGCGGGUGGCUCCUUCAAGUGCACCUGCCCCCCUGGUUUCCUUGGCGAAAUGUGCCAGAUCGCCGAGUGCGAAAUCAGGGUGUGUCUCAACGGUGGCACUUGCACCUCAGAAGGGUGUCGCUGCCCCUCGAGAGCGACAGGGCCUUUCUGCGAGUUUUCGCGUGACUGCACUUCGGAACCCUGCCUCAACGGCGCCACUUGUCAUGACACGACGGACGGAUUUGUGUGUGCCUGCGCCGCCGGUUUCAGCGGCCCGUCCUGCACUGAGGUGGAGAACGCGUGUCAGUCGGAGCCGUGCCUGAACGAAGGCAUCUGCGAUUCGAGCACAGCCACACCCUACAAGUGCCACUGCCUUCCCAACUUCACAGGGGCGCAGUGCGAGAGUCGCGUCGAGAAGUGCAGCUGCCUGAACGGCGGCUCGUGCCUCCCGGACGGCAGCUGCGGCUGCUCGGACGGCUGGAGCGGCGACCGCUGCGACAGGGCCAUUGACCUUGAACCCGACUGCACGUGUCAGAACGGCGGCUCGUGCAAAGACAAGGACAGCGGUGGGUAUUACUGCGAGUGUCCCGCCGGCUUUGAAGGUCUGCAGUGCGAGAGCAACGUUGACGACUGCCAGGGUAGGCAGUGCGAGGACGGCAAAGUCUGCGUCGACCUUGUCAAUGGACACGAGUGCCGCUGUCCGGAGGGCUUCAGAGGCCCCAACUGUACUGAGGACAUGGACCACUGCGUUGACCACAGGUGUGCCAAUGGAGCCAGCUGCCGCGACGGCGUAACCAACUACACCUGCGUUUGCACAGAAGGCUGGACAGGACCUUUGUGCAUGGACAAUGUGGAUGAAUGCAAUCGCACCGCCAACAUCUGUAACAAUGGAAUCUGCGUUGACCGUCCUGGUGGAUAUGACUGCUACUGUCGUCCCGGCUUUUCUGGGACGCAUUGCGACCUCGACUUUGACGAAUGUCUCUCCCACCCUUGCAAAAACGGCGCCUCUUGCACCAACAUGGUUAAUGGGUACAACUGCACCUGCCAGAUAGGCUACACAGGCAAGGACUGUGAGACGAACAUCGACGAUUGUGUGUCUUCUCCUUGUCAGAAUGGAGGGUCUUGCAUUGAUGGUGUGGCUUCGGUGACCUGCAUUUGCCCUGAGGGCAUAGAGGGUCCUUUGUGUGAGACAAACAUCGACGACUGCAAAUCUGAUCCCUGUCAAAACGGGGGACUGUGUGUGGAUGGAAUCAAUCGGUUCGACUGUGAUUGUGCUGGAACUGGUUUUGAGGGGCCUUUGUGUGAAAACAACAUAAAUGAUUGUCUUCCCGACACUUGCAUGAAUGGAGCUACGUGUGUGGACAAGGUGAACGGCUUCAAUUGCACGUGCCACGCAGGUUACAUUGGCACAAGGUGCGAAAUCGACUUUAAAGAGUGUGAGCCAUCACCGUGUCAGUACAACGGCACUUGCCUCGAAUUGUCAGACCAGUCCUUGUACUCGCCCUCAAACCCGCUUGCUUACUUGCUGCCGGCCGAGUUUUCUUUUGAAAACGCGGCUGGUUUCGUCUGUUUUUGCCCAGCGGGCACCUCAGGCGACACGUGUCAGGUCAACAUUGACGAGUGCGCCUCGUCGCCGUGUCAGCAUGGCACGUGUCAGGACUUGCUGAACGCGUAUGAGUGCAAGUGUGAAAAGGGCUUCUCGGGCAUACACUGCGAGACGGACGUCAAUGAGUGCGAACCGGAUCCGUGCGAACACGGAACUUGCAGAGAUUUGCAGGCGGAUUACAUGUGUGAGUGCUUUGACGGGUAUGGCGGCCGCAACUGCAGCGUCAAGUUGACAGGGUGCGUAAGCCAGGAGGGGACAGAGCAGUGCAAAAACAACGGCACCUGCCACGCAUGGCUGCAGGGCGAGACCGACCACCGCUUUAACUGCACCUGUCCCAAGGGUUUCCAUGGCAGGACGUGCAGUAGAGCCACCACCCUGUCCUUUGUGAGCAACACAAGCUAUGUUCUGGUGCCCACUGCUCGUGAAGAGGGUUACGACAUCCAUUUCCGCUUCAGAACGACCCUCAACAGCGGACAGCUUGUAGCUGGCACAGGGUCACCAAGCCUUUUCUUCCUGGAACUGGUGUCCGGCCGACUCAACUUGGACACAGAUUUGUUGAACCGAAUUGACGGAGUUUUCAUUGGAUCAGACCUGAAUGACGGCAACUGGAAACACGUUUUUCUCUCUAUAAACUCGAGCCACGUAGUUUUGUCUGCCCUAGACGAGCAGAGUAUCUACCCCAUUCAGUGGAGUGAAAACGCCACCUCAAACGUCUUCAGCAACACAAGGUUGGGAGGCUCUUCCUUCCGCAGGGCAAAUUUUGUUGGCUGCAUGGAGGAUGUGGUGGUUAACGGAAAGUGGGUUCUGCCGCCUCCGGGGGCAAGUGCUGCACUGGUGGACGAGGAUCAGGGUGACGUUGCCCAAACCAACUACUAUGGCGUUGAGGCAGGUUGCACACGUGAAGAAAAGUGCAUUCCAAACCCCUGCCAAGCUGGAGGCACUUGUACUGACCUGUGGACAACCUUCUCGUGUGCCUGUCAACGACCUAGACUUGGACGCACCUGCCAAUAUGAGAUGAUUGCGGCCACAUUUGGCCAUGAGAAAGCUCCUGAGGGAUUUGUGACUGUCCAGGCCAGUGAUGAGUCGAGACGAAGCCUUCGACAGGUGGUUGCUAUCUCAAUGUUUGUCCGAACCAGAAAGCCAGAUGGUGUUCUUUUCCACUUGGGUGCCGUCGACAGUGACACAGUGAUUUGGGCUCAACUGGAGAAGGGUGAACUGUCCGUCCACGUCAACCUGAACAACAGCGAGAGCUACCACGUUGGUGGCACUCGAUUGGAUGACGGUCACCUCCAUCUGAUCGAGGUUGUGCGGAACUUGACUCUGGUGACCGUCCGCAUCAACGGCACCGAGUACUUGCGCAAGACAUACCCGUUCGGGGCCAACCUGAACGCGCCCCUCCUCUAUCUGGGUGGAAAACCGCCUCCAGACGCACCUUCGACCGAAUCGGUCCGCACAGUUCGGCAGGCUUUGACCCCCGCUGCCCUGGUCGACGCCUCGUCAGGGGCCCUGCCUGUCCCUUUCAAGGGCAUCCUGCAGGACGUUCAGCUCUCCAACGGCUCUUAUACCCUUGCUGUUGAAUUCUACCCUUUGAAUGUGACUCAGCUAUCCAGUAGACAUGGGCUUCUUUUUCUAUCCUGCUCCAAUGGUCAGGUUGCUGGCUCUUUUACUAUGUUAAAACGAUUGAGGUGGUGCUGCAGGACAUCGUGUCCAGUGGUUCAAAUUGAAAAUUUGAAGGUCCCUGCACCGUUCGGAGAGGUGAUGUUCGAACCACUGGCCGUGCUGGCCGGAGUCGUUUCGGACGACGCGUGUCGCGAUUCACCGUGCGCCAACGGAGGUGAAUGCCGCGUCACCUGGAACGACUUUGAGUGCAAGUGCCAGGUAGGCUACAAGGGCAAGACCUGUCUGGAGAUGGAGUUCUGCAGACUGAACAACUGUCCCGCGCACACACAAUGCGUCGACGUGGACGCAGGGUUCGAGUGUGUGGCCAAAGCCACCUUCGACGGCCGCCAUCCACCUUUGAUCUUCAAGCCUCCGCAACGAACUGACCUGUGGUGGGGUCCAACUAAGGCGUCUGUUGAAUUCCGAUCGGCUUUUGACGGUGAGUUGUUGGCGAUUCGCGGCCCUGAGGGCCCGAACUAUGACGGCGACUCACUCGUUUUUUCGGUCAGCGACGGCGGCUCGGUGGUGCAUGUAGCCGCCACCGUAGCCAACUGGACGUGGUCAUGGAAGCGCGAGUUGCUCGAGCCGGGUAACUGGACGCGAGUGUCCCUCCGCACGGACGCUCUGGGUCACCUGAUUGCCAGCGUGGAAGACGGGGUUGAUUCCGAUGAGGCUCUCGCCCCCACCGAAGCCAUCACCCAACUCAUGCGCUCCGGCAAGCUGGAGGUCGCCAGGUCCUACAGAGGAUGUUUAGCCACCGUCAAGGUUGCUGGCGUUCUUGCACCAUUUUUCACACCUGAUCAGAUAAAGGAAACAGACAAAUCAAGGCAUUGGAAUCUCGCCUCCACCGCUGCACCCCAACUGGACUGCGCCCUUUGUUUUGAGGACGAGUGUGAAAACGGCGCGAGUUGCCGCAAUCCCGAAGACUCUUAUGAGUGUGCCUGCCCUGACGGCUUCAGCGGCCGCACCUGCGACAUCAACAUCGAUGAGUGCGCCCAAAACCUGUGCGUCAACAACUCAACCUGCGUUGACGGCAUUGCUAACUACACCUGUCUGUGCCAACCAGGAUACGAGGGCAUUCAUUGCGAAUUUGAAACUAAUGAGUGCGAGAGUUCUCCGUGCGAGAACAACGGGACGUGCCAUGACCUGUUGGCUGCCUUCAAAUGCGACUGUCCAGAGGAAUUUGUUGGAGACCGCUGCGAGAGUCCGCGUAGGGUCACCUGUGAAAACGCACCUUGCUUCAACAAGGCCAAAUGCAUUGAUGUUCCAAACCCGAAGUCUGGAGACAACUUCACUUGCGAGUGCCGAGAAGGGUUUGAAGGGGUGCACUGCAAGAUAGCCUUCUGCGAGUCAAUUCCGUGCUCAAAUGGAGCAGUUUGCGAUGCCCUUACACCAAAGUGCGUAUGCCCACCUGGCUACGAAGGAAGGUUCUGCGAAUUGGAAAUCAACGAGUGUCUGUCCAACCCUUGUCUGCAUGGCGGGCAGUGCCUUGACCUCCCAGCCACCUAUUCCUGCGACUGCACCGGCACAGGGUUUUCUGGAACAAAGUGCCAGGAAGACAUUGACGAGUGUGUGGACGCUACGAACUUAUGUGGUCAGGGCACCUGCAUCAACCUGUUAGGAAACUUCGAGUGUGUCUGCACAGACAGCAACUUUUGUGGAAUUUCCUGCAACUUGACCAACCGGUGCACUGAAACUUCAUGCCAAAAUGGGGGCACUUGCAAACCAGAUUGCAGCAUCAAAGAGGAUUUCUCUUGCACUUGUCCUCCAGAGUGGACAGGACCUUUAUGUGAAAAUAGUAUGGAAGGUGAAUCGGAAGGCCAGGGUGUGGACAUUGCACUGAUCAUCGUGCCCAUUGUGUGCAUCCUGGUGCUGGUGGGCGUGGUGGCCCUGGCCAUCUUCGUGUCCCUGGCACGCAAGAAACGCGCCACCAGGGGCACCUACAGCCCCUCGCAGCAGGAGUACUGCAAUCCGCGCCUCGAACUGGACCACGUGCUGAAGCCACCGCCAGAGGAGAGACUCAUUUGAUGAUAGAGCAAAGAGAAGGAGAGCCUCUUAUUGAUAAGACUGCUGUGAUUUGACCCUCAGACCAAGCGAGCGAGCCCAAACUCUUCAUAUAAUUAUAAAUAGUUUCCAAAAGAAAAUUUAAAACCAACUUGUGCGCCGCUCAAGACAAAUUUACUCAUUAAGACUUGGCUUUUUUAAUUAUGUGUAUUUGUUGAUUAAGUAGUUUUUACCAUGUAAUAAUUAUAUACUGUGGUUAUAUAUAUCCAACGAGACAAUCAUCCCUCAUAAAGCGCCGUCCGAGCAAGUAACAAUAAAACUCACACCAUUUUUUAACAA